CACAAAUCCAUCUCGACAUCCACUUGCACAACUUCACCUCACAAUCUCACCACCUUCUCACCACCGUUACCUCAUCCAUCGCGCUUCUUCACCCUCUCGCCCCCUUGUGCAUGAGGCAGUCAUAGCGUUCGAACCACCCAUGGCGUCUCCUACCAUCUAGUCGCCAAUUUCUGGUCCUCCCAACACUCGCCAUCUACGCCCUCAGGCUGAAAUAUGUGUUUCAUCUUGUCCUUCUCUGUUGCAUCUUCCAACUCUCGUGCUGCGAAUUCUCAACCGCCAUGUCUCUGGCUUCCUCACCCUCCAAACUCCUCCCACCUUCAGCGCCCAUGAAGCCUUCAUCGCCAUCCCGAUUCGAGUUGCUCAUAACUUGCAACCCUCCCAUCCUUGAAUCUCUACUCGCCCAAAUCCCCACUGACACCAUAUUUCGCCUUUACCAGACCUCUCCUUUUCUGAGGGACUUUUUCACCAAAUCCCCGACUUCAUGGCGAUAUGUCUCAUGGCGACUAUAUCAAGCCGCUACGUCAACUGCCACCAUUACCAACAAUAGUUCUGGUGUCGGGCAGCGUCAAUCUAGCAACUACGCCCUAGAUCAGAUCCUUCUCAGUGUCAUCAACCCGUACAGCACAAGAUUGGCUAGUUUGGAGCUGGACAACACUGCUGUCAGUGGCUCCAUCCUCAUCUCCACCGUUCUAGUCUUCCGCAGGGACACCCUCAAACACCUCUCUGUCCGUGGAUGCAAAAAUGUUUCCCUCAAAUACCACAUCAACCCAUGGUUGCAUAUGCACGCCCUAGCCCCAACUCAUACCUCAUCUCAGGAAUCCUCUGCCUCCCCAUAUGAAGCACUUGCUCUGAAGAGUCUCUACACUUACAGAUGCCGCCAUCAUAGAAGACGGCCCUAUCUGCCCAACAGCUUAUCCCGAAAAGAGAGCGACAGCGAGCCUACCCACGAACUCGUCCUCACCUGUCACAAACUAGGCAUCUGGACCGACACCGCUUGGUGCACAACCCCCGCCGCUCGCUGUUACCGAAGACGCGGUUAUGUCAAGAUGCGCAUGCCCCAAGAUCCUCGCGAGGUUUGGGUGGUAUAUGACCGUCUCUGGAGAAGUAGGAACUGGCUUGGCCCUGUCGAAAGUUCUACCGAUCCUGAGGAGUCUCUAGCAAAGAAACGCAAGCGGGAUUGUCGAAGCUGGGAGUACGAUGAAGAGGCCAUCAAUGGUGAAGUCAUCGGCACAGGCCCUGAGGAUAAGUCAGUCCCCGCUCAUCUGCGCCUUUCCCACCGCAAAUUCAUCGAAAACAUCACAUGUCAUAAUUGCUCCGCCGAAAUUCUUGAGAGGUGUGAACAAUGCUCGGUCAUGAUGCACUGUGUCGGAUGCAGGAAGACUCUGUGCGCUUCGUGUGCCUUCGACAGGCCCUACUUGCGGAACAAGAACGCCUUCGACAAGGAAAAGAACAAGUUUUGGUGGGCUCCCGGUUGCGCUGUAUCCCCUUGUUCUAUGCAAGAUCAAGACCAACCCCCGAACGGUAACCCCAACGGCCCCCAAGCCGGUCCUAUCAACAGUCUUCCUACCAUCAAGAUGCGAUGGUGCUGUACAGAACCUGUUUUUUCUGGAGGCGGUGGAAUAACCUUUGGAACCAGUUCCAAUGCCAGUGCCAGUGCCAGUGCCAUCCGAGAGACGGACCGUGUUCGUGCCGCCCCUUUACCUCCCGGUCAAGGCUGGGAAGAUCCCGAAUUCGACCCAGAUCGUUUCGAUGUCGAGUCCAACGAACAUUCCUCUUCUUAUAAUUUGGCCUUACAGAAAAACGUUGGUGAUGGCCCUGCUGGUCGCUGGUCCUCAGUUGACUCUCUCUUCCAAACCACUGGGGCUCUGAGUUCUGGCGAACACCCAACGGUCUCCGUACCUCGAGUCUUGUGUGAAGAAUGCUACACUUCCGACCACUGGAAGCUCAAGUGCAAGGGCUGCUCAACCGCUCUUUGUCUGAAACAUGACAUUGGGGACCGUGUUCAUGGCAGGAUUUGUGGCCUGAAAGACCUCGAGCUUGAGAAGCUGGAGUAUAAAUCUCGUCAAAAGGCUCUACAACUUCUCGCCACCCUCAUGCGCCAGGGAAAGGAUCGAUUUAGCACCAGAGCAUCUCCUUCGAGCUCUUCAACUGAAGACACACAUCAGAUCAAUAUUGCAGAACAACUCACACUCUCGCCUAGUGAGCUGCCUCGUUCCCUCACACAUCGUCCCAUCACUACCACAGCUCCUGAUCAUACACAAAUCGCGCUUGCUGAUACAGCAACCUUCGAUGCAGAAGUGGGAACUUUGUUGAGAACCCUAAGAGUGCCAAUAGCAGAAACAGAUCUUCCACACCGACCUAGUUCUCGUGCUUCUAAUAGCACCGGGCCGCCGAGUAGGUCGACAUCGCCAACUCCAUCACUCCACUCGAAUCCACCAACCCCAGAGCUAAGUUCAAUUGCUCAACGCCCUGGUACACCUGAGGUUCAAUCUGUCGCUCGGUGGCGGGGUUGCCAGUCCUUCUUCUGUCCGGUUUCUCGUGUUGCUGGGGAUCACCGCCUACGCUGUACCGCGACCAUGCGGCAGUGCGUUGAUUGCAAGAUACACGUCUGUGGCGAUUGUGCAAGUGGCUUAGAGGCUGCGUGCCCAUGCAAGGGAUGCCGUCCACUUCCCCCAGAGGAAGAUCAUCUAACUCCGCCUCCUGCCAUUCCUGAAACACCGCCUUUCUAUUGCCCCAACUGCCGCUGGGACCGCAUGAUAACAGGCAAAUGCAAGAAGAAGUCAGAAGCGUUUCUCAAUGCCCAGUCAAUGAAAAGAAUUAAGAAGAAAAAGGGCAAGGUCCGCAAGCCGCUUGAACAGAGAAGGCUCAGUAAUGGUGGGACCAGUAACUCCUCGAGCACCGACGAGGCGAUUGAUGGCCUUGUCGAGUUCUUUGCCAGUCUGAAUGCUCAAAUACACGGCAUGGGACCUUCCGACAGCCCUAGGCCAUCUUCACACCUUUUGGUCGAUGGACAACCUGCCGACCAAGUCAACUCGAGCGAGAUUCGAGAACUAGAGGAUAUGGGCAUCUUGGUACGUGACCUCAUCCUCCGCAUCCAGCGUCUACGAGAUCAAUUAGUACCGGGAUCACUGGCUGCAAGAGCUUUGCCUGACGUGCGGGUUCAAGAAGCUUUUGACCCGACGGACGUGGCUGUGGUAGGCUCAAUGUUUGGACCGGAGUCUGCACAGAUCGGAUUCUCGACAAACGUGCGGCCGGGAGAGAAUAUUGAGGCACAACACGAACAACCGUUUGUGGCGGGAGAGGAUGAUGAUGAUGACCAGGUGUCCAACACCGAUUGAAUUUUGGGAACCUUGGGAGGGCGCGCAGUAAGCAUAAGCACGGCCCGGGGAUACGGAGGCUGGCGAAGCUAUAAUGGGGUACAAGUUGAGGAUUACUCUCAACGCGGAGGGUGAUCCGAGGACGGGGUGCAGAAAGGCUCUGACUAUAAUGCAGGGCGCACGGGAAGAUGUUCAGAGUGAAAUACGUUGCUCUGGGUUUGCUGCAUGGCGGCACGGAGCGAUCGUCGAUUUUCCGGCAGCAUGUUGUCUUUUUUUUGGAUAAGGUUCUGAUGACUAUGCGAGUAAUGACUGCUAUGAAAUAGUGCUCUCUACUUUAUGCUUGACCGUUCCCUUCUUAUUAGCAAGGCCACAAUGCACGUCUUCCAG